AAAUCCCUCGGAUUUUGAUUUUUUCUGAUAAGAAGAUAACAAAAGCACAGUGAGAAACCCUCGUUUUCUCUCUCAGAUUUUCUUAGCUUUAACUUUGAAACUCUUAAAUGGCGUCAAUAUCUUGUACAAUUCAUCUCAGUCACCCUUCAACAACUAAUACUUCUCCUUCUUCCACAUCUAGAUUUUCUCAGUUAGUAUCAAAAUGUAAUUCUCAAUUUCUAGGAAAUGGAAAAAGGCUUGGAUCACUGAGAGACUGCAAAAUCGGAUCCAAAAUUUGCCCCACCAAUGGUUCAAGAACUAAAUGUUGGUUUAAAUUUGGAACUAAUGGUGUUGAUUCUGAAGGAGCUGGGAUUUACGGCAGCCAAAAGCGAGAAGACUUUGACAAAGACGACGUUGAGCAAUAUUUCAAUUACAUGGGAAUGCUUGCAGUUGAAGGGACAUAUGAUAAGAUGAAUGAUCUAUUAAAACAGAAGAUACAUCCAGUUGAUAUCUUAUUAUUGAUGGCUUCUUCAGAAGGUGACUUGCCAAAGAUUGAAGAAUUACUAAAAGCAGGUGCUAAGUUUGAUGUUAAAGACGCCGAUGGAAGAACUGCACUAGAUAGAGCUGCUAAUGAUGAAAUCAAACAAUAUAUUCUUGGUUUUUCUGUUCAGAAAGCUUGAAUUGAUAAACAUUAUUUUGAUGUGUGUGUUUAGUUAAAGAACUGAAGCUCCUCUUGCUUUGAUAGCAGUACUACUCUACUCUCGUCAUAUAUUUGUAUCUUGAAUUUUUGUGGCAACUGGGAAAAUAGUGUACAAUUUCCAUUCCUUUCUUUA